UGGGUUGAUCAGUGAUCAAUCAAUCAAGCACGAGUCGCACAAGCUACCAUAGAUCGUGCCGAUUUCUCCAAUGGCAGACCUGAAGUGGCAUCCCUCUUCAUGGAAAUCGAGGACAGCUGCUCAGAUAGUGGAUUACCCUGACCAACAGCAUCUCAAAAGAGUCUUGACAAAAAUAAAUGGUCUACCCCCCCUCGUAACGCCUGCAGAAAUUGAACGCCUUCGCUUUCAGUUAGCUGCUGUGCAAAGGAACGAGGCCUUCUUGCUCCAUGCGGGAGAUUGCGCAGAAAGUUUUGACGCGUGUACUCAACAAAACAUAUCAGCGAAGAUCGGGUUGAUACUUUCGUUUUCUCUCAUACUCAUUUGGGGUGGACGUCUCCCAGUGGUACGCAUCGGACGUAUAGCCGGGCAAUAUGCCAAACCCAGGAGCAGCAGGACAGAAACAAUUGACAAUAGGGAGGUUUUGAAUUUCCGUGGUGACAACGUCAAUGGGCUUGACCCCAACGAUCGAACCCCGGAUCCUGAAAGGCUCCUCAGUGCCUACUUUCAUUCCACCGCUACCCUCAACUACGUUCGUGGCCUCCUCACAUCCGGAUUCGCUUCAUUGCAUCACCCGCGAGACUGGUCACUCUCACACGUUCGUUCGCCAGCAUUACGGUCAGUAUAUCCUUGCACAUGCUCUUGCACCCCUGAUUUCGGAUAUUGUUUCUACCGCAGGAGCGAGUUUGAAAAAAUCACCCAGGGUCUUUCUGACGCGCUUGACUUCAGCCACACGAUAGGUGCCGACUCAGGUAGGGAAAGUGUGCCCUUUGACCGGGGCGGUGGUCGAGGUGUUCUAGGCGAGGUUGACUUUUACACGAGUCAUGAAGGGUUAAUGUUGGACUGGGAGCAAGCAAUGACACGGGAAGCCGAUAUUAUUGGGUCAAAAUCGUCUCCGAAGGAAAAGGGCUUCUACAAUACUUCCGCCCACUUUCUAUGGGUUGGUGACCGUACGCGACAACUGGAUGGCGCCCAUAUCGAAUAUUUCCGAGGUAUACGCAAUCCCAUCGGCAUCAAGGUCGGACCUUCAUUAGAAAAUGCGGAGCUAAUCAGGCUCCUACAAAUCGUAAAUCCAAACAAAGAAAUUGGUCGCGUGACACUCAUCACCAGGUAUGGAGCAGGAAAAAUCGGAGACUACCUCGCUGGCCACAUCGAAGCCGUUAAGCACUCUCAACACCCGGUCGCAUGGGUGUGUGAUCCCAUGCAUGGAAACACACUUACUUCCAGCAGUGGCUUCAAAACACGCAACUUCGCGACUAUUAUCAGUGAGCUGACUUCCUGCAUCAGUAUUCACGCUGCUUGUGGUUCUCGGCUCGGUGGAGUCAGUCUCGAGUUCACAGGCGAGCUUAACGACGAAGGCUUCAGCGUGACAGAGUGUCUUGGUGGAAGCAUGGGGCUCAGCGAAGAACAACUGGGGCUCAGAUACCAGUCGUUCUGUGACCCCCGACUCAAUUUCGAGCAAUCGCUUGACGUCGCCUUCCUCAUAUCGAACCACUUCAAGGAGGAAAGACUUGGUGACAAAGGAGAAAACAGUAUCUAUGCUGCCCUUGGAGGAAGAAAAAUAGCCCCAUAG